AAAAUAUUUAAAAAUGGCCGCGUCCAUUGAGUUUGAAUAUUAACCACAACAAAAUCGAUUUAAAACGGAACAUUACAUUUCCUAUUGUUUAUUUAUUAAAAUAUAGCCAAAUUAUUGCAUGCAUAAUCAAGGUACUCAAUAAAUAAUAUGAAACAUAAGGCUAAAAUUAAUUACGGAUGCCACGGCGUCUUUUGUGUGUUUAUUAAAGUUGCAGUCCGAGUGAAUUAGGUUAGGUUGAGGGAUCGAUUUAGGGUUCAGGUUAGGCAUAGGGAUCGAUUUAGGGUCCAGGUUAGGCAUAGGGAUCGAUUUAGGGUUCAGGUUAGGCGUAGGGAUCGAUUUAGGGAUACAUUCGUCAUUCGUGAAAUUCGAUAAAAUAGUGGCAUUCGUCCUUAAAAUUUACUAAACAUAAUUCUGUAUUAGUUAGUAUUACUCACAUUCAUUAAGUUGAUAAAGCCAUACAUUCCUUCCAUAAAAUAAAAAUAAUGAAUAAUCAUAUUAUAUGAUUAAUGAUAAAAUAUUAUUAUAUUGCUAAUUUGGAGAGAUAGCACCAUGACGUCAUUUGCAUGUUUUGUCCCUAGUUCCGAUGGGUCAAACUCUGAUUCCGAUAGGGUCAAAGCCCUGGUUCUGAUAGGGUCAAAACCCAGGUUAGGGAUAAGUUUACGGUUCAGGUUAGGUUUAGGGAUAGAUUUAGGACAUAAGUUCGUGGGUCGCGGCAACCAAGAUAGCGGCCGUGGUGCUAUCUCUCUUAAUUUACCGAUUAUAUUUAUAUAAUAUUAAAUAUUUAUAAUCCACAAAUAAAAAGUUUCGCCUGGCCUUCUUACUACAUUACUUAGCCUUGGGGUUGGCAUUAGACUACUAAUACUCAUAGUUACCUCACAGUGUCAGUACCACUAGCCACUAGCCUACUCAGCUCACAAACUAACUAACUUACUACUAACUCAUUUAUAUAUAACUAAAUUAUACUAAUUUAUUAUAGUUAUAGGCACAGGUCUUAGUAACUUAUUAGUAUGUAUUAAUUUAUAUAAUUUUUUGAAAAACCAACAAUACAAGAGCUUAAAUUUAAAACUAUAUAUUUAAAGCUUGAGAUUUUAUAUAGCCUACUUUAUAAUUAUUAAUGAGGCCUUAAAAAUGCAUAUAUUAAAUUAUUUAUAUUUUAACGUUUUUGUUCCUUUUUCGUUUCUCUUGGCAAGUAGCUAAAACAUCACAUUCGCUCUUUCCCCUCCCAUAUGAGCAGAUGAGAGAAAUGUGUUUGCACUACUUUUUGUUUGCACGUCCGCCAUGAGACAUGCUGCGGAAAAUACGUGGCGCGGAUUGUGUAAAUUUACCAAUUUUCAAUUUAAAUAGUCAAAGAUUUACUCCCCUUUAAAUCCAGGGGCUACUGUCUGCAAAAACAAAUAUAUUUUGGGGUGAUAACUCAAAAAUAAAUUUACCGAUUAUAUUUAUAUAAUAUUAAAUAUUUAUAAUCCAAAAAUAAAAAGUUUCGCCUGGCCUUCUUACUACAUUACUUAGCCUUGGGGUUGGCCUUAGACUACUAAUACUCAUAGUUACCUCACAGUGUCAGUACCACUAGCCAUUAGCCUACUCAGCUCACAAACUAACUAACUUACUACUAACUCAUUUAUAUAUAACUAAAUUAUACUAAUUUAUUAUAGUUAUAGGCACAGGUCUUAGUAACUUAUUAGUAUGUAUUAAUUUAUAUAAUUUUUUGAAAAACCAACAAUACAAGAGCUUAAAUUUAAAACUAUAUAUUUAAAGCUUGAGAUUUUAUAUAGCCUACUUUAUAAUUAUUAAUGAGGCCUUAAAAAUGCAUAUAUUAAAUUAUUUAUAUUUUAACGUUUUUGUUCCUUUUUCGUUUCUCUUGGCAAGUAGCUAAAACAUCACAUUCGCUCUUUCCCCUCCCAUAUGAGCAGAUGAGAGAAAUGUGUUUGCACUACUUUUUGUUUGCACGUCCGCCAUGAGACAUGCUGCGGAAAAUACGUGGCGCGGAUUGUGUAAAUUUACCAAUUUUCAAUUUAAAUAGUCAAAGAUUUACUCCCCUUUAAAUCCAGGGGCUACUGUCUGCAAAAACAAAUAUAUUUUGGGGUAAUAACUCAAAAAUAAAUUUAAUGGUAGUGCUGAACUGUAACUAAGGGGAUGAUUUCAACUAAGCAUAAUUUAAUCCUGGCCUUUUUUUUUAAGCAGCAAGGACAUCAAAGAUUGAACAUUUAUCUAUCUCUUUGAUUUUCAUGUGAAUUUUUUUUCAACAGAUGUCAAAAGACACUGGCCUGGAUAAAAUUGGCAUUGCUACUGGUACCCAUUUAAACAUUGCUCUGACCACAUCUGCAGAUCCAUUGAAUGCGAUUCAAGAGUUUCAGAACUUGAAUGGUAUUGAUGCUGAGUCUCUCAAGAUUGCCCUCCCUUUCCUGGAUUUACAUGGUAUCAAAAGAUUAACUCUCAACCUGUGCAUUUUUGAAACCAUCCGUGAGAGGUUAUUACAGGUAAAAUAAUGAGUUUUAUUGAUGGACAUUCAAAUUUACCAGUAGUCUCAGAGUAAAAUGCUGUUUCUGAGGCCCAUUUUUAUCACAGCCUUUUUUUUUCUAUAAAUUAGUAUGGAAAGUAUCUAGAAAUAUUGCCAACCAAUUUGAAACAGGAUAUAGUAGACUGGAGAUGGUUUGAAAAUCAAAAUUGUUGAAUUAUAUUUUUUAAGUAGUCAGUUAGUGUAAUUAGAGAAUACUCAUGAAUAAAUAAAAAUCCCUUUUGUUAGAAACUUUCACAUAAGAAAUGAAACAUUUGAUAGUAAAACAUUCUACAGGACUAAUGAUUAAAAGAUAAUAAGAAAUAGUAGAUGGCACUAGAAAUUGAAAUGUGAUCGCUAUUUAAAUGAAUACAAAACCAUUUCUGUUGUAGUGAGUGAAUUUUAAUUUUAUGAGUAGUUUAUUCAUAGCAAGAGUGACAUAAUUGUGAGACGUGGCAUAAUAUUUUCUUACUGCACCACAUUGACCUUAUAAAUGUUGCCAAAGCUUUUAAUACAUUUACUAUUUUCAUUUAACUUCUCUCCUUAAAAGAAUACAAAACCAUUUCUGUUGUAGUGAGUGAAUUUUAUGAGUAGUAUAUUAUAGCAAGAGUGACAUAAUUGUGAGAAUUGGCAUAUUUUCUUAAUGCACCCACAGUCACCUUAUAAAAAGCUUUUAAUACAUUUACUAUUUUGAUUUAAUUUGUAUCGGCCGCUUUCUUGUUUCCUAAGAGUCAUCUUAAUAUGCAUGUUAAUUUCUGUAUUUAUUAGCACCAGAUUACAAUCAGGAAAUUACAGAGACUUAAAGCAAAAAUGACAUAAAUUAAAACUCAAAAAGGAAAUAUUUUUUAAAAUAAGUGUAAUAUUUUUCUUCAAAUGUUUUAGAAAAUAGCUGAAUUGGCAUCCAGCAAUGAUCCGGAAUCAAUACAAAAACUUGAAACACUUUUGGAUAACAGCUUUCCAGCAAUAAGGAACAAGGAUAUUAGACCAGUUGUUAUGGCUGUAAUGAAACAUCUCCCCAAGGUCAAGGAAGAAUAUCUGCAACAGUUGUUGGAAGACAAAGUAACAAUAUCAUUUAUAAUGCUAUAUAGAAAUGUAAAGUAACUUUUUAACAAUAAUUCAUGACAGAAUCCUUGAUGAAAAGUUAAGUCUCAGUUAUUGCUCCUGCUCAGGUAAAUGAAUCCAGCAAAUUGUAAUUUUGGAUCAGCUAAGUUUUUAAAUUUGGCAAAGCUUGGAUUUUUCUAUCCAAAAUCUUAAAAGCUCAUUAAAGAUUCUUUGCCUUAAAUUCUUUUUAAAAAAUUAUCAUUUAAAAAAAAAUAAAAAAUAUUUCAAUGGAUAAUAAAUGAUAAAAGUGUGUAUUAUUGUUCAAGGAGCUUUACACAGAGGCAGCUACAGAAGUCAAGCGACAAAUAUGGGAAAACAACCAAUCCCUUUUUGGCGAUGAAGUUCAACCCCUUCUGGCUCAGUACCUGAAAGAAAAAGAAUGGUCGCUGUACCGUCACGACAGCCCAGGGCUCACGUUCUUCUCCUCCAACCCCAAACUUCGGCGACAGAAGGCAACCCUGACUCAGCUCCUUGAGAUGAUUGGUUCUAAUGUUAAGUUGUACGACAUGGUUCUUCAGUUCCUACGCACUUUAUUCUUGAGGACAAGAAAUACACAUUAUUGUACUUUAAGGUAUUUGUUUUCAGAAUUAAACUAUUCUAAUGAAAACUUAAGGGAUUCUAAUUUAAUUGCUUAAAAAAUAAAUGUAUUAUUUUUAAUUCUUUUAAAUUUCAAUUACUUUAGAACAACUUAAUUCUUUAAACAAUAACCAUAGAAUACCUUAAUUCUGAUUAAAAAUUACAUUAGAAUAACUUGAUGCAAUAUUUAUCAAAAUUAAGGCAUUCUAAUCUAAUAGUCAAAGAAUUAAGGCAUUCUAAGUUAGUAGCAGAAUAACUCUAAAAGGUCUUCCUGUUCUUGCAGGGUAGAGCUGCUUAUGGCCAUCCAUGACCUGGAGCUGAACUCAAUUUGUUCAAAGGAUCCGUGUCACAAAUUUACCUGGUGUGUCGAUGCUUGUAUCAGAGAAAAGACAGUGAAUGCAAUGAGGUCAAGGGAACUCCAAGGAUUUUUGGACUCUGUCAAAAAGGGACAAGAGUUUGUUUUAGGGUAUGUGGUCAUUUGUGAAGACAGUAGCUACAGUUCACGACACAUGUGCAGAGACAGUAGUUACAGUUUGCGACACAGCUGUUUUCAGAUUUAUGCAACCAAAAUGAGAUUACUAUUGAGUGUUUAAAAAAAAUCUUAUCUGCUAAAACAUUAAGAAGAUGUAAAUAUUAGUGGUGCUGUAGAGAUACCAAUGGAAUAAUCUUCACAUUAAUCAGAUUUGACUAUUUGAAAAUCAAGGAGCAAUCAUAAGAGCAUGGGGCAAUGAAAAAAAGAAGACAAGUUUUUAUUAGAGUUAUAGUCUGCCUGUGUGUUAAAAUAUAUGAAAAAUCUAUUGGAUGGGCAUCAGCACUGUUCCAGAAACCAGGAUGGAAGGACCAAACCAAGAUCCAUCUUAAAAAUAGUGCCUAAAGCUACAGUCAACAGUUUUUAGUUAUUGCGGUGGGGGGAGCAAUCUAGAGAUCUGGCAAGGACUGUUGAAUACAAACGUAUAAAUAUGUAAAAAAAAAUGUUAAGAAUCUUUUGCACAAUUGAUUUUAAUGAUAUACCGUUAUCAUUUGCAGAGAUCUUUCAAUGGUUCUGUCUGAUCCAUAUGCUUUGAACAUAAUCCUCCAGUCCCUGAUGAAGAUGUUACAGAAUUGUGUGAACACAGACACCUUGCCGAGGGUAGAUAAGCCUCUUGUGAUCUUCUGUUUGCAUUUGCUGUUUUAAGUUUGCCCACUGUGUGGAGGCAAACAUUUUGUUGACUUUCUGAAGAGAUAUGAAUUUCUUCAUUGUUGAAUUUGCCUUCAGUUUAUCUAUCUGAUCAAAAAUCAGAACAACAUAUUACGUAAAUGAGAAAUGCAUCUAAUUCAAUUAUAAUUUUCUCAUGAGAACCUUGAGCUGUUUACUACCCUACUUAAAGUGACCUAAAAUCUGGUGCUCUCGUCCAGUGACCACGCUAUACACAUUGACUACCCUUAUUUGUUUUUCAUCUGCAUUUAAAACAAGAACUACAUGUUUUUGGGGGGUAUUUUUUUUUACUACUGCUGAGAAAUUUUGCACUUCUAGUUUACAACAUUUUAUCUUAUACCCAGGAUAACCCAGAUCUACAGCUGCUGUGCAGGAUGACCGCCCUUGGUCUUAAUGCCUGGGAGAUGAUAGACAGUGGUAACUUUAAAGAACCCAAAUUGGUGAGUCUCAAUGAUUAGCCAAAUUGGUGAGUCUCAAUGAUUAGAAUCUGAUCACAAUUAACCAAAAAAGUGAUCGCACUUAACCAAAGUAGUUUUUAAUGGAGAUCUGACAACACUUGUACAAACAUGGCUUGGUAAAUAGCUCUGAUGUACAGUGGGAAGGAUGAUUAAUUUCCUGGGUCAUUCGGCUCUGAUAAUUAUCUCCCUGUAUUUCAGGACCCGACGUUUUUUACCAAAUUCCUGGCCUAUAUUGUGACCUUAAUGGCAGAAGAUCAAGUACGGCAUUUUACGGGAAAAAUUCCAGGCGAGAAAGUCCUGCCCCCAUCUUUACCACCUGACAUGUAUGCUAACUGGAUAAGUCUCAACCCACUGGCUAGUAUGGUGGCUAUGUAUUAUUGUUUACAGGUAAAUCAACUAAAAGCUGGCCAGUAUGGUGGCUAUAUAAUAUUGUUUACAGGUAAAUCAACUUAUGGCUGCCAGUAUGGUGGCUAUGUAUAAUAAUUUGUGAUUCCACUUUUACACGCAACGAUCAUGGAGAAAAUUCUAGGGUAGAAAACUCUGAAGAUGGUUACACUGUGGUGGAAUACUUUAUUGAAGUGUGGAACACUUUACUGAAGAAUAUACUUUACUGAAGGGUUGUAUACUUUGCUGAAGGGUUGUAUACUUUACUGAAGGGCUGUAUACUUUACUGAAGGGUGGCAUACUUUACCGAAGGGUGGCAUACUUUACCGAAGGGUGGUAUGCUCUAAUCUAAGAUGGUAUGCUCUAGAAUAAUAAAUAAACACUAGAAUAAUUCCUAAUAUAUCUGUUAUAUAAAUGUAGUUGUUGGGAUAUUUCUUUCUCUCAAUAUUAGGUUAGUUAUUAUUGUGUUACCUUCCAUCCAGUUAUCUAAAACUGUUUGUCGUUCUCUCUGUUCCAGUGUGCUAGAAUGAAGGACCGCCUGGCCGUCAUCCAGAUCCUGCCAACGCUGAUCCAUUGUGAAAACGACAGGGCAUACAGUGACACAUUUCUGCAUUGUCUCGCCUCAUACCUCAUCCACAUGAAGGAGGACUUUCAGCAUGGAGAGUUCUGUACAGCCGUGUUGGACGAUUUCUUUGUUGUGAGUUUUUGUUUUGUUGUGGGCCCUUGAUUUCAAAUAAUCCUGGGAACUGCAUGCGAACAGUAUCGUUCCAUGACAGGGUGCCAGGGCUGUCCAACAUUGCCAUCCAUCCCAUUUGAACCACUGGACACUCAUUAAGGGUUAUUUUUUUUUAAAGUCAUGAAACCAAGCACAUCAAUUGAGGUUUAUUAUUUUUGCUAAAGAUCAUCAUCCAGUACUACUACUUGGUUUUAUUAUAUUAAUAUGAACUUGAUGAAGAAAAAUAAUAACAAUAGAAUUGAGUAGUAAAACUGGUUGAUGAUCUGUGCAGCUAAAAUGUAACAUGUUUGUUGGUUAGAUGUGUUACUUGUUAGUUUUACACAUGAAGUGCUAGUGCAAAGUUGUGACUCUUGACAAAUCUAAUAGACUCCAUUUUCUUUCUUUCUUUUUUUAAAAAAACAUUUUUUGAAUUUAAACAUGUUAAAGGUAUGUUCAUUCUGCAUAAUUGUUACUCAGAUUCUCAGUUUUCUAAGAACAUGUGCUAAUCGCUGUAACAGAAACCGGUGGGCAAGUUUCAUUUUCAUGAUUUUGUUUUGAGUUGCAGCAUAGUGGUUGGCUGGUAAUGUACACAAUCCCAUUAUAUUUUCAUCAUUGUGCAAGUGCUGUCAUCAGCUGACAUGGCUUGAUUACAAAUUUUAAUUAUUAGUUGUAUUCAAUAGUAUCCCUACCAGUUGGAAUAUUUUUUAGUUAAAAUUUGUGACAAAAUUUUCAAGUUUGAUUUUAUUUGAGUGGGCAAGACAAGAAAAGAUUAGAGGAAAAAUGUAUUGUUUUAAAAAAAAUGGAAUUAGUUAAAAGAUAGUUGUUUUUUAUUUUACGGGUUUUCCCCUGCAUGGGUGGCUAUUGGUAAAAUCAUAUUCAAACGAAAAAAGCAGAAUUUAUUCAUUUAAAUUUCCCCAAUUGAUAAAUAUAAACGAAAAUUCUGCAUCAGAAGCAAUAGUUGUGUCUACUCAGUAUGAAUUCCUAUGUGGGAUAUCUGUGGAUUCUCAGCAUUGUUUAACCACUGAGAUUUGUCACUGCAGCAAAUCUGCAGUGUGAACGUACAUUUAGGGUAAACUUUUUAUAUGAUGAUCCUUUGUGCCUUGUUCACAACUUAAUAAAAGAACACAAUGUUUUCCCAGCCUGCCUCUUCCAGAGAGCAUGUCCUCAGACAUUUAUUACGAUUGCUGAUGCACGUCCACCACAGACUGCCCCGUGCACGACUGGACAGCCUUCUAGAGGAAAUUACACUGGACAAAGAUGUGGGUCUCAUUAUUUUCAUUAAGCUAAAGGCAAAUUUUUAUGUAGCCAAGUAGGUAGUCAAUUUCAUGUUGUAAAGUUGAUGAAGCUUACUUUUAACUGUUCUGUCCAUACCAGGUAAAGUCAGCUCUUGUACUUGUAUGUCUAUACACACUAACAUCGAGGCCUGUCCACAGCUCUCUGACUCUGUACGGUCAACAGUAGAAACUCUACAGGAAAAAAUCUCCACUUUUGAGCCAAGUACUUGCCCCAGUCCAGAAAAGAUCGACUCCCCCUUAAUGAGCGUUCCUGCACCUACACCAGCUCCCCACCGGUGAUUUAAGUUUGAUUCUUUAUAAGUCAUUAACACAAGUAUUGCCCAUAAUAUCAUCAAUUCACAAGCUAUGUAAAUAUUUUUGAAAUACACAUUUCUCGUUAGUCGUUAUGGCCUUCUUAUUAAUGUAGAGUAAUUAUUAACAAGAGUUGAAUAUUUUGCUUACAUUCAUAUAGGAAAUUAUGGAAGUAAAUUCGUGUUGAUUUUUAAUGCAAUUAAUAAUACUUAUUGAUAAAGGGCCAUCUAUAUCUUAUAAAAGGCAUACAUAAAAUAAUAAUCACCUUUACCCCAAAUCUCCACCCUCCAAUUCAUUUUUGUUCUACUACAAAUGAACUAAUAGAUGAAUUAUAUUCAUUGUUAUUUUUCAAAACUGAAAGAAUUCCAAACACCCUUUUUUUUGGCUGCAUAUAGAGCUUUGAAUUGAAUCAACCAUGUCAAAAUAGACCAUAUUGUUAUAUUGUAUUGUAGAAUAAUGAGAAGCCCUGAAUAAAUAUUGAAACAUAAGGUGUUAUACGUAAAUUAAGUUAAUUUCAAACUUAAUCAUUUUUUAAGCUUCUGUUCUUCAAAAUUCAUACUUGUUUCUUAUACUGUCUCCUAAAACUCUGUCGACCCUCCUAUUCUUUCAGAGGGACUUUUGACAACAUGACCAAAGGAUUUCCUGUUCCAGAAAUUUGGUGACAGGAGGAUGUCAUUUACCAAGUGGUUUUUUUACCAAAUAGUUACAACAGGAGAUGGUAUCACUGAGGUGGGGAAUGGUUUCAAAUACAUUAAACAUUAGAGUUCGGCAGCACCAAGCCGCUUGACCAGACCUGACCAACACAAAUCUAAAGAUGGUUUUAGAAUUGCAGGAGAGUGGCCUCCCUGAGCUGCCUUUGUCUCCCUACUUACAAUAAUGAAGCCCUGUAAAAUUAAGUACUUUUUCUAUUUAUUGUUAAAAUUAUGGUAGAUUGCUGGGCAUUUUAAAAAUUAUUACAUUUAACCAGACAAGCACCACAAAGCUAUAGAUCAAUUGUGAAUUAAUAACAUCCCCCCUCUCACAAAGGUAAAAAAGGCUUUUUCUACAUUAUGAUUGUAAUAUAAUUUGGAUUAUCAAUACCGGGUAUUUAAUUUUAUAAACUCAUCUUAAAUUUUGCUUUCAACCUUGCUUAGAUUGGUAUAGAUUUAUUACAUGUUUUGGGGGGGUUACAAACAACAACCGGAUUUUGUGACUCCAAAUGCUAUAAGGUAGUCAAAUAAAUUGUAGAAAAAAAAGCAUGUAAGUUUAAGUAAUAUAAAAAAUUGGAAACAUUAUUUUUGGAUUCGUUUUUCCAUAAGCAGGCGCUUGUGACUGUCAUUGUCAUGAUUUUAGCAUGUGUAUGAAUUUGUUGGGACACCACCACCCUAACCCCACCAGUCACCCAACAUACCUGUACCAAAGAAUAUGCAUGAUGAUCUCCAUUAGUAUUAUAUUAUAUGCUGAACAAUUAUUCCAAAGCUCUUAUAAACAAAAUCCCAUUAUUUUGACGAUCUUUUUGUUAAAAAAGGUUCAAAUUCAACUUGGGCAAUGUGGUGGAAAUAUCUUAAUAUUGUCAAGAAUAGCACAGUGGAGCAGUUAUUUUGCCUUAAGUAAGUAGCUCAAUUCAAACAGACCUUUAAGCCAAUUCAUUUAUUGAGAAAUUGUUUUAUUACCUGGGACUGUUUUAUUACUUGAAACUCAUGAACAUUUCGCCAUGUAAAUAAAAGAAAUAC